UUAUAUAGCUGCACUAUAUGAAACAUAACCUGUCUUAAAUGAAAUAAUACUAAUUGUAAAUAGUAUUCAAAGUGAGAAAAUGUCGGUUUAUCAGGAAGCAAAACAGAUUAUCCUGACUCUAUAUAUUGUUACUGAUUCUGACUCUACAUAUCUUCAUAUCGGCUGUGCUGCUGCCUUGAAGCCUGCUACGUUGUUACAUGCAAUGGCAAGGAAACAUUUACCAAGUGAAAUAAAAUAUAAAGAGUUUUCUGUCACCAGUUAUAAUAUUAAUGAAAGAGUUGAACGAGCAAUGGAAGAGUCUCCGCUGCAGAUAUCGCAUACUUUACAAUUCUGUUUACAAUCGGAUGGAACUCAAAGGAGAUGAACUCAACAUACAUGCAGAUCUAGAUAGUUUAAAGACCAUCAUAGGAAAUUUAAAAACAAUUUGAGAAGAUGUACUGACUGAGAAACUGGAUAUUUCCUUUGAAAGAUUUGAAAUAUUAUCAUGCAGUGCUGGUUGUACCUGAUAUCUAUCAUUAAUCUGAUAUGAAGGAAUUGACUAUAUUUCUGUUGGAUGAAAUUGGUCGAAUUUUGGUCACUAUAUUUUGUUACAAGAUCAUGUAGGUGCACUAUUUGAUACAAGUUUGGAUUUUAAAAGGCUGAUAGAUGUUAAAACACAGAAGAUAUCAAAAUUCAUAUGGAGAUCGAAUAAAAAUAUAUUUCUAUUACGUUGAUUUAAAUAUAUGCGGCUUAUAGGAGAAAGAAAGUCAAAAUAACAGACAUAUAUCUUACAGGAUAUUGCCUCCUGCAUCGUAGGAUAUCCAUUAUGCCGUCAGUUCGAAGGAUGAUCCUGGGCCACGUUGUAUCCGGUUUGUACAAUAAGAUGAACCGCCGAAAGAAAUUGGACGGUGACAUGCUUGAGACUCCAAUGAAGAGAUGUCUUUCUACCUUUGACAUCACGUUGCUUGGUGUGGGUCACAUGGUCGGUGCCGGAAUUUACGUGCUGACGGGAACGGUUGCACAUGACACGGCUGGACCUGGUGUAAUCUUCAGCUUUCUCGUGGCUGGUUUGGCUUCCAUUUUGGCGGCACUCUGUUACGCCGAGCUCGCCACUCGAGUGCCAAAAGCAGGCAGUGCUUAUGUCUACACGUACGUCUGUAUCGGCGAAUUUUGGGCUUUCAUCGUGGGAUGGAACCUUAUUUUGGAGCACAUGAUUGGCGCAGCAUCCGUAGCAAGGGCCUGGAGUGGAUACGUGGAUUCAUUAGUCGGCGGUGUGAUUAGCAAUUACACCAACGAUCUGAUGGGUGGAUAUAGGAUGGGAGAACCGCUGGGUACCACCCCGGACUUUCUGGCCAGCGGAUUAUGUCUGCUUUACGCUAUGCUUUUGGGAAUAGGGGUGAAAGCCUCGGCGACGGUGAACUCGUUAUUGACCAUUAUCAAUCUCGCAGUGAUGGGAUUGGUUGUCGUUCUGGGGAUUUAUUAUGCCGAUAUUGCGAACUGGAGUAGCCAGAAAGGGGGUCUUCUACCAUUUGGUUUCGGUGGCGUCAUCACAGGCGCAGCAACAUGUUUCUAUGCCUACGUCGGUUUCGAUUCGAUCGCAACUGCUGGAGAAGAGGCUCGUGAUCCUGGACGAAGUAUUCCUCUGGCGACGAUACUUUCUAUGGCGAUAGUUACCAUUGGAUACAUGAUGGUCAGCGGUGCUCUGACGUUGGUCGUACCGUAUUGGGCGAUCAAUCCUAUCGCAGCUCUUCCGGAAGCUUUUUCGUCCAGAGGUAUCCCGUGGGCUAAAUAUGUGAUAAGCGUAGGUGCUCUUUGCGGAAUGACAACGACGCUCUUCGGAUCUCUCUUCUCUCUCCCGAGGACGAUGUACUCCAUGGCGAGCGACGGUAUGCUAUUCGGUUUCCUGGGUCGCAUCAACGAGCGAACGCAAGUGCCGAUAUGGAAUCUCAUCAUAAGUGGACUGGUCAGUGCCUUAAUCGCUUUACUGUUCGAUCUCCAACAUCUGGUGGAGUUUAUGUCGAUCGGGACUCUGCUCGCAUACACCAUCGUUGCAGUCAGCGUCAUCCUGUUGAGGUAUCUGCCUGAGCAACAGCCGUCCGAUUCUAGCGUCAACACACCGAGCAGUAUGUCCUCGCCAGUCACGGAGGAAGCGGAUUCCAGCAGCAAUUACAGCAGUGUGGCAUCCGUCAAGUCUGGAGUACUAUACGAAGGAGCUGGUCGAUUCAAACCACGAUACGCCUGGAUGGAAGAGUGGCUAGAGGAUUACGAUACUAGACACAUCAUAACCGCCUGUCUACUUAUUUAUAUGAUAACCUGCGCUUUCCUCGGUACUUUCCUAAUGCUAGUGUUCGAAACAACAGUUCCGUUCACGAAGAGCGAGUACCUUUUCGCGGUGAUUUAUCUUCCGCUACCCAUCGCGAGUCUUUUUGUGAUUGGUGCUCAUAGACAAAAUCCACCCAAUGGAAAGUUCCGAGUACCUCUGGUGCCCUUGAUACCAGCGCUAAGUAUCCUCUUCAACAUGGGUCUGAUAAUGCACUUGUCUUCAAUGACGUGGCUACGGUUUUUCGUGUGGAUGACGAUCGGAAUGUUGAUCUAUUUCCUGUACGGCAUCCAUUACAGUAAAGAAGCAACCACUAUCCCGAAUUCGCAUUCCAUCUUGAUGGCUACCUCAGAGGCUGAAAAAGGCACAAAAUGGGGAUCGACGUUGCGAGCCAGCCCAAAAAGUGACAAAGCACCUAUUUUGGACGACCAGGACCUUGUUCACUAAAACCAAGUUACGUAUUUUCAUCAUCAUUGUUUUCCUUAUUCAAUUAUCUCGUUAGUGGAGUCGCGGAAAUCGUGCAAAUUUUAAUACCGAAGCAAAGCAGCUUUUAGCUACCGACAACGAUGCACAAAUGCAGGCUAAUGCAACGAAAUGCGGAUACACGAUACUAUUUAAUUUCUUCAACAGUUUUUUAUUAACUGUAAUUAACGCACAAUUGAUAUUCAGCUAUUGAAAUGUCACAAUUUAUUUAUUUCGUAUGUGAAAUCUAUUUUUUACCAUUCCGUUUAUUUGAAACCUCUAUCUUUGUAUUUCGGCGACUCCACUUUACACAUUGUUGUUUGAAAUUAAAAGUUUAAACAUAAAAUACAUCUAUUUUAUAAACAUCGAUUUUUGCAAAAGAUGUACGAACUCGUACAACUCUUCUUGAAAGUUUUGUCUGGUACAAAAACUAUAUUUUUGGUAUACUUAUAGCCUCAUCUAGUCCAAUUACAAGAGUGAUUCUGAGAUAUAAUUUUAAGAAUUGUUGAUCAAGGAAAUAUUAUCGUCGCACGCGCAUUCUUUUUUUUUCCCAAAUGUGAUAAUUAUCAUAUAGUCACAAAAUUAAUCUAUUUUAUUUUUUUAUAUUUUUUUUAAUAUUAUAUUUUAAGAGAAAACACUCCAUGUUGUAUAACUUGACGAAAAAAAAACUUAAAGAAAAACAUAUAUAUUCAAAUUAUGCACUAAUGAUUUUAAUUCUCAUGGAGGAGAACUUAUCAUUUCUUUUAUUCCAUACAAUUCUAUUUUAAUGAAAAUAUUGGUAAGUAUGAUUUGAUUAUAUACAUAUGAAAUAUUCUCUUUCCUUGUCUUCCUUUCCUUCUCUUUUGUUGUGACGAAAAUGACUAUGCUAUUUUAUCAUGAAUUAUAUUAAAUUAUAUUCAACAAAUAUAUAUUCUCCCAAUGUAAUAGUGAAUGAUAAAUAUAGAUUAGAGCAAUGCGAACGCGCAAGUUUCAAAGCGACACAUAUACAUAUAUAUCUUGCAAUUAUAAUUAUUAUUAACUAUGAUGCAU